UUGGCGGCAGUUUGGCAACGUAUUGUGAAUAUUGUGAAAUUAUUUACAUUUACAAUCGGUUUUCGGAUGUUUUUCCUUGCUUASUGUAAAAAUUAAUAGCCCAUACUCGGCGGCGAUAAUAUUAAUUCGAUUCCAGCAGACUGCAUCGGCCCGUCGACAGACGAGAGAUAAUCGAAAUCUUUAUUGAAAUUUUCACUAUCGUUAAUAGUGUUUUGCCUUUUGCCUAGAAUUGACGCAAAAAAAACCCAAAACGCAGCUCAUGGUAGAUACACCGGCCCCGAAAAUAGGCAAUUUUCUUCAGUAAUAUCAUAUUAUCAUUACUGUGAUGAUUUUUAAGCUUUCAGCUAUAGUUUAGUAAAAUCUCAAAUCUAACGCCGUGGCGAGCAACUACGGUCUACGUCCGACACCGAAGAACGUUUCUCCAAGCUCCGACGGGCGACGGACCAGAGGGACGACGCACGCGCACUCCGGUCAGCACCGYACCGCACCGCACCGUUCCGUACCACAACGCAACGCACGCACGCACGGCGACACGGUAGCCUCACGGAGUACGGACACACACGAGUUCAACACGACACACCACACGACCACACAGUACACACAUCCCGAAGCCUGAGUGCCCGACAGCCGUGUGUCAGCCGCAGUCGGUGUAUUCGCUCGCAAACGUCUGAUCGUGCUGACCGUGACGCCGAACGAAAGAUGCUCAUCAAAGAGUUCCGUGUAGUSCUACCCUUAACAGUCGAAGAGUAUCAAAUUGCCCAGCUGUACUCUGUAGCUGAAGCCAGUAAAAAUGAAACUGGUGGUGGGGAAGGUAUCGAAGUGUUGAAAAAUGAACCAUUUACCAAUUACCCUCUUUUGGGUGGAAAAUAUUCAGAAGGACAGUAUACUUAUAAAAUUUAUCACUUGGCCAGCAAAGUACCUGGAAUGAUAAAACUUUUGGCACCUAAAGGAGCAUUAGAAGUUCACGAAGAAGCAUGGAAUGCUUACCCAUACUGCCGAACUGUGAUUACAAAUCCAAAUUAUAUGAAAGAAAAUUUCAGUAUAGUCAUUGAGUCGUAUCAUAUUGCUGAUAGAGGUACACAAGAAAACGUUCAUGAAUUAUCUCCUGAAAAACUUAAACAGAGAGAGGUACAAAUAAUUGAUAUUGGUAAUGAUCCUAUUUCAUCUUCGGAUUACAAAGAAGAUGAAGAUCCUAAGAAAUUCAAAAGUCAAAAAUGUGGACGAGGUCCUCUCCAAGGAAAUUGGAUUGAAACAGCAAGCCCAGUUAUGACUUGUUAUAAGUUGGUAUCUGCAGACUUCAAAUGGUUUGGRCUACAGAACCGAGUAGAAAACUUAAUUCAAAAGUCAGAACGCCGUCUGUUUACUAACUUCCAUAGACAAGUAUUUUGUUGGAUGGAUCGUUGGCAUGGGCUAACUUUGCAAGAUAUUCGUGAAAUUGAAGAAAAAACUCGAGAAGUAUUAGACAGGCAACGGAACGAAGGAACUGUCAGAGGAAUGAAGGCAGAUGCCGAUUAAAACAUUUUUGAGAAAUAAUUAAACCAACCCAAAUGCCUAAAAUCGUCUUGAAAAUGAAGCCAUAUUUAUUCUAACACCAACCAAAUUGAAUAAAAACAAAAUAAUACCAGAUCUAGUAAUUUUUAUCGCUUAGUCUAAUUUUAACUAAAAUUUUACAAAUUAUAUUAUACAUUUUAUUCUAAAAUAACAUUCUUACUAUGAAUAUAUUCAAAAACUGUCAUAAUAUUUCUUAGGGAAUUUUAUUCGUUUAAAAUUACUGCAGUUUUAAGUACUUACGUUUAUUUUUAAAAUUGAUCAUUACUUUUUGAUAAUUUAUUGAUUUAUAGAAAGCCAAGUCAUUCCACUUUCUAUUUAUUUUGUUAUCCGUUCUUCCUCUUGUGUUUUUACUUAAUAAUUGGUAUAUGGAUUCACAAUGUUUGUGAGUAUUUGUGGUGAUUGUAUACAAGUAAUCAUAGUCAAAAUCGAUUUUUUAGUUAUCAAAAUAAUUAUUGAUUAUCUUAACAAACAAAAAAAUUUUGCRAAAUUCGGUGAU